UGGAUCAAAGCCGGGUGCCGCCUGGUGGAGCCGUGGAAGGAGAGAAGCGAGCGAGCGGAGGAGAGAAGCGAGCAGAAUCAUGUAAUUGACAAGGCUGCGCCAGUGAAAUCGACACACUGUCCAGACAAGGAUCGCGCCAGUCACCAAGUGGUCUUCGCUUUAUUUUUGGGGGUUUAUUUCCACUUCAGAAGAGACAAAUCAAAGUUUGCUUCUUCUAGACAUUUGUCAACGAAAAGGAGAAACAUCAAGCCUCGCGCAAGCCAGGAUUAAUCAGAAAUUAUGUCCCGAUCAGCGCUAGUACAACCGGCAAGAUGAUGUUAAGGGAAGCGAAGUUGGUGUUUGUGCUCUUGGUAGUGGCGGUAGCAAGUUUGGUGUCCGUUUAUGCCAAGGAGACUGCCUUUGUGGAAGUAGUGCUUUUCGAGUCCAGUCCCAAUGGUGAAUAUACAACUUUUACAACGGACUUGCAAGGCCGAUUCUCUCGGGCAGGAGCCACGAUCAGCGCAGAGGGGGAGAUUGUGCAGAUGCACCCAUUGGGACUAUGCAACAACAAUGAUGAGGAGGACCUGUACGAGUAUGGAUGGGUGGGAGUGGUGAAGUUGGAACAACCGGAACUGGAUCCCAAACCGUGCCUCACUGUGCUGGGCAAGGCAAAGCGGGCAGUCCAGAGAGGAGCAACAGCGGUCAUCUUCGAUGUGUCUGAAAACCCAGAUGCCAUUGACCAGUUGAAUCAAGGCUCGGAGGACCCGCUAAAGCGGCCUGUGGUUUAUGUCAAGGGUGUUGAUGCAGCGAGAUUAAUGAACAUUGUUAACAAGCAGAAAGUGGCCCGGGCACGGAUCCAGCAUCGGCCACCACGGCAGCCCACAGAAUACUUUGAUAUGGGAAUCUUCCUGGCUUUUUUUGUGGUGGUUUCCCUUGUCUGUCUGGUUUUACUCAUUAAAAUCAAGCUCAAACAACGCAGGAGUCAGAGUUCAAUGAACAGGAUGGCUCUCCAGGCGCUCGAGAAGAUGGAGACAAGAAAAUUCAAGUCAAAGAGCAAAGUUUCUCGAGAAGGCAACUGCGGUGCCUCGGACACCCUGAGUAGCAGCUCCACCUCGGAUUGUGCCAUCUGCUUGGAGAAAUAUGUUGACGGAGAGGAGCUGCGCGUGAUCCCCUGCGCUCACCGGUUUCACAGGAAGUGUGUGGAUCCCUGGCUCCUGCAGCAUCACACGUGUCCGCACUGCAGGCACAAUAUCAUUGAAAGGAAAAAAGAAAGCAGUGGCUCUGUGUGCGUCGAGGGCGAGGGUCAAGGGCACAGCAGACAGCGAGUGGUGCUACCCAUCCAUUACCCUGGACGUGUGCACAGGACAAGCCAGCUGACCACCUAUCCCACCAGGACUAGCAUGGAUACGCGGGGAAAUCCCGUCACGGUGCUCACGGUGGAGCAGCACGGUGAACAGGGCCUGUACCCAGCUCAGUCGGGGGCGUACGUACGGAGCUACCCGCCCGUCCACCUGGACCACAGCUUGGGCGCCCACCACUGCAACGUGGAGCAUCGCGCGUUCCCUCCGGCCCACGCCUUCCGGAGGGCCAGAAUGAACGGGCGGAAUUACUCGAGGGCCCCUUGUUUUUCCCAGUACGAGACCAUGUAUCAGCAUUACUUCAUCCAAGGACUGAGCUACCCGCAGGCCGAGUCCCAGCCGGGCCUCCUCAGCCAGAAGGGGCCCUCCCGAGCUUUUCAGGCCGGCGGCAGCAUGCUGUACCCCACUGUGGUCCACAUCCCUCCGUCGUCCCACCUAGACGGAGGCAGCAGCUCUGGCUUCAGCUGCUACCACGGUCACCGGUCGGCGUGCAGUGGCUACCUGGCCGACGGCCCCGGCAGCGACAGCUCCUGCAGCAGCAGCGCCAGCUCGGGCCCCUGCCACUGCUCCUCCAGCGACUCCAUGCUGGACUGCACUGAGGUCAGCAACCGGGGAGUCUACGGUAGCUGCUCCACCUUCCGCAGCUCCCUGAGCAGUGACUAUGACCCGUACAUCUACCGGAGCCGCAGCCCGUGCCAGGCCGGUGAGAGCCUGCUGACGGGAGGGCCGCAGGAGGAGGAGGAGGAGGAAAUGGACAGCGGUGGUGGCCUGCCAAAAUAUGGCUGCCGCUCCCCUGACACGGGACCCCGGGCCUCUCCCGGGGACCAGCUCUCAGACUGCAGCUUGGACAUGAACUACAGCAGCAGUUCCUCGCUGGAGGACAGGGGCCCGGCUGCCCUGGGGGACAGGAGCAGCGGGGCCGAGCAGGCCUGUGCCCGUUGCCUGGAAACGCCAGCUGCUGGCUGCAAGGGGGCAGAAGGUGGCCGCUUCCCACCACUCUGUGGGUCUUGCCCGAGGACUGCUUCGCCGAUGCUGUACAGCGUCGAUGCUGGCCACCGUUUUCACGAAGAGAAACGGGCACGCGGCCCGGCCCAGGACUGCACCGUCAGCGUGAGGAACGCCCAGGCUGACGAGAGCCCGCGCAGCCCCAAGGCCACCCCCUCCUCGUCCUCCUUGCCCCCCAGCAGCUGUGAACUGGCCCAGCGCGUUAUCAGCGUCCCCGAGGACACAGGCGGUGCCUUCCCCAACAUGUGCUCUCGGCUCCGCGAGCCCACCAUGAGGGACAGCUCAGAGGGGUCCGGACCAUCUUUGCUAGAGAAAGAGUUUGUCACGGAACAGAACAUCUGAUAUUUUUUAAUAUAUAUAUAAAAAAGUAUAUAUAUAUAUGUGUGUGUAAAUAGGUACGGAGAUACGGGAAGCAAUCAAUAAAACUCCAAACCCAGUCCUUAACCGACUGUUUUAGCUUUGACAAAACACACAGAAGUGAUAUCUGGAGAAAGACACCAAAUCUGAUGCAUCUUCCCACGACUGAGUUCGUGCUGCUUGUCUUGUGAGAUCAAGAUCUGCUGUUAUUUAAAACCCUGCUGCCCUUUGUUGCAAGGCAACAAAACUACUGUUGUCAAGGAACAUCAGGAAUAAACUUUGAUC